GUGACAGCUGUUCGCCUACAAAACAGCAACAAUGAACGUAAUAUAAUUUUCUGAACAGUACACUAUCGUUAGGCAUACGAAAUCAUCCAAAACAAAAUCGCGAACAUCUUCGAAACCAGAAAAUGCCUCGGAGAUGUUCGGUCGUCGGGUGUCAAACCAACAGGGACUAUUACGAGCCCGGCGUUCGAUUCUUCCCCUUUCCCAGAGAAUACGAUCAGGUGAUGCGAGAGCGCUGGAGGCAGUUGAUCGGACGUGGCUGGGAUUGGAAGAUUCCAACACUAGCGGCGGUUUGCCAGAAGCAUUUUGCUCCCUGUGAAAUAAGCUCCGACCGAAGGCUUCCGGAUUCCACGGUGCCAACACUACAGCUGCCGCAAGAUUCGCUAAACUCCGAGGAGAAUGAUGAGUGUUCAGAGACCGACAUUGGCACGAACCAUAAACAAAGGAAACAAACGGCGGAACCACCCGCAGAGAACGUUGAAGGCGACGAAAAGCAGACCCAAGCCGAAUAUUUUGAGGAGGAGGAAGAAAUUCACGAGGAAGUCAUUAUUUCUCAUUGUCGAUUCUGCACGACGGAACUGGAUGUUGAUUCCGGACUUGACAUCUCCAUUGCCAGACACUGCGGGCAAGUUCGUGAUUCGGUGUGGGAGAUGUGUAUGGUUGCUUGUGAAGACACCUCAGUGGAAGAUUGUCUUAUUAAGAUUUGUGAUAGCUGCUGGAAUCAGCUGCAAACGUUCGAAAAUUUUUUAGUUAGCUGCCACGACCAGCAGCACGAGCUUUUUAAAUUCUACGGCGAAAAGCUGAAAACCACAGAGCUUGAAGACGAAUUCGUGGAGGAAAUAAGGGAUGAGUCAAUAGUACCUGAUAAGGCAUAUACAUUUGAACAGGUCAUAGUAUCAGAAGAUCCUACUGAGGACAAUGUGUCGAAGCCAGAUUUGGAAUGUUUUCCAUCUUUGGAGGGACUUUCCAUUGGCGAGAUGAUAGAGGUACUAGAUAAGAUCCCAGCUAGUCAAAAGAAAACUACCAUCAUGCCAGACGAAGAAUGCUGGGACUGUGGUCAAAUAUUUCCAAGCCGAAACCAGAAGAAAGAGCAUCGCAAAAAUUGUGCGUUGAUUGGAAACACAAGAUCGUUGAGGAAUCGAAGCUAUACGUGCGAAAUAUGUAAGAAAGACAUUAAUACUCGAGUUGGCUACCGAGUGCAUCUGUUGAAAAUCCACGGCGAUCAUCCCGUGGGCGACGACUGUCCAGAAGAGUUGAAACGUUUGCAGUCAAAGAAGCGACUGCAGUGCCCCCUUUGUCCGGACCGGUUUCAGCAAGUACAUCAACUGAAAUAUCACAUCAGGACACAUCAGAGCAAAAAACAAACCGGAAAGAUUAGAACCAAAUCGAAGGGAGGAAAUGGUGGAGUGUGUCAGCUGUGUGGGAAAAGCUUCCAGAAUCCGUGUUACAUGGAGACACACAUGAAGUUCCAUUUGAAGGAACGGAAUUUUCCGUGUGAACAGUGCGACAAACGAUUCUACACAAAGCAUGACAUGAAGGAUCACCAGAAGACAAUGCAUGCGGAGCACACACUUCUUUGUGGCUCGUGUGGGAAAUCCUUCGGGACUCGACGAGCCUUCAUCCGGCACUCCAAGAUACACGAUGAGGCUAGCAAUGCCCAUCUGUGUUCAUACUGUCCGAGGAGUUUCCCGACAGCAUGGACACUCAAGUAUCAUGUGAUGAAACACACGGGCGAGAAGCGCCACCGAUGUGAGCUUUGUGGUCACGAGUUCCGCUUCCGGUACAUGCUGACGCAACAUAAAAUCAAAGCACACCAAAUAGAUAUCGAGGGGGUGAAGUUGUACAAACGAAAGCGAAAAAGAUGCACAAAUACCAGAGAGGACGAAGACGAUGAUGGCGAAGAAGAGGAAGAGCUCCAAGUAGAACAGGCGGAUGAUAGCGGUGAAAUCGACCGAUGCCAAGGUAUGAAUACUGGAAGCUUGACGGAGGAAGGUAAUUCCGAAGUUAUUGUAAAGUUCAAUGAGAACGAUGCUACAUGUGUGUUGUAACAAAAUUAGAGACUACAGCACACAAAUAUUUGAGCUCUUUUUUCUGAUGACAACCCAAUCAAAUUCUAAAUCAACGUCUCUGAGCGUUAUGUUCAUGCAAAA